CGGCCGGUGAUCGAGAUUGAUUCGCUGUCGACUCAUUCCUCGGCCAAGACUCCAAGACGCUGCAAUGCAAGGCACAGAGUCACGACUCAUUCAACAGCGAUGAGGUACGCAUCGGCUAACCUCUGCUCCCCGGGCCUUGCUCACCGAUGGCUCGUGCCCCUGAAGGACGUUACAGGCGACUGUAAUCCCCCGAGGUCCCCGUCCGUCUGUGUGUGUCUUGGAGACCUCACUUUGAAAGUUGAAGCCCUGAGUGCCCGAUGGCCAGGCCCGGUCUACGUGCAGGGCACCGGACGUGCAUCCGUACAAAUAUUGCUUGUAUCCGUAUGGAUAUACGAACGAUGGGAUGCGAGACGAAGAUCCUUCUGUUUCCAGGCCUCCCUCCCGUCUGGAGCCGCGCCACGGGUGCCCCGCAAACAGGCGCUGGGAUAUUCAGGCCUUGGCAGACGAGGCGAGACGAGGCGAGCCAGGCGCCAUUUCUUGUUCAUUUCGAAAUUCGUGCCAAUCUCGCCAGCACAUUUCCAGCCAUCAUCACCGACAUGA